AUGAUUUACUUUAGAUGUUUUUAUGGAACGAGGAAAGUGACGACAACAUUUGGUGUGCUUCGUGGUGACUCAGUUAAUCCGGGCAUCGAUGAGUUGCCACCAGUAUCACAAUUUCUUGGAGUACCAUAUGGAGUAGCACCACUUGGACUGUAUCGCUUCAAUAUGGCUAUUUCUGCAGCGAAAUGGACACAUUUGCCUAAAAAUGCAAGCAAUUUGUCACCAGUUUGUAUGCAAUCUGGAAUUCCUGAAAUAGCUGAAGCAAAAGCUUUGACUGCCACUUCUGCACAGCGCUAUGAUCAUUUACAUCGAUUAUUGAUGAAGUUAAGACCUCAAUCAGAAGAUUGCCUUUAUAUGAAUUUAUUCGUACCUGAGCGAAUUGAAUCAAAAAAUAACCGCUUACCGGUACUUGUAAUUGUGCAUGGUGAUGAAUACGGUUGGAAUAGUGGAAAUCACUAUAAUGGCACUACAUUAGCUUCCUUCGGACAAAUUAUUGUGGUUACACUUAAUUAUCGACUUGGAGUCUUUGGUUUUUUGGGCCGAUGUGAAUCCGAUAGUUGUUCUGGUAAUGCAGGAUUAUCUGAUAUAGUCGCUGCACUAAAAAUGUUAAGCAAUACACUACCAGCUUUCGGUGGUGAUCCUUCGCUAAUAACGAUAUUAGGAUGGGGUUCAGGGGCAUCACUUGUAUCGCUUUUAAUGGCAUCACCAAUCACUCAACCAAAUAAUCGGCUUUUUCGACGAGCAAUUUUAUUGGAUGGUUCAGCACUUGCACCUUGGGCUAUAAACAAAAAUCCACAGCCAAUAUUUCUUCAAUUGGCGGAACAUCUUAAACGCAAAAGUGUGGAUCAAGUAUUGAGAUGUGUUCAAGAGCAAAGUGCUGAAAAUGUUACCUUCGCUUCUCGAAAAAUAUUGCAGCCAACAUUCCUUUCCGUUUUUGCGCCAAUUAUCGAUGGACAGGUGAUACCGAAUAAGCCAGAAAUUUUAUUCGGAGCUCAAUUUGGCACCCUUUUUCGGAAUAUUGAUCUUCUGGUUGGAAUGUCAUCUAAUCCAGCUCAUUAUCUUAUUCCUAAUGAUGAUUUGAAAAAUGGUGUUGAUAAGGAAAAGCGUCUAAAAAUAUUUCGCACACUAGUUCGGAAUCUCUAUGAAUAUCAUCGAAAAGAAAUUCUAGCUGCGAUGAUCAAUGAAUAUACAGACUGGGAUAAUCCAAAAGAACAUCCUAAGGCAAUGCGAAAUGGAGUAUUAAGUGCCCUCAGUGAUGUCCUUUUCACCGUUCCUACAAUUGAAACAGCUCGUUACCAUUCGUUAGAUGAAACAAAACACAUUUCCAAUACUUUUAUGUUUGUUUUUGCUCAUGAAACAAAGCAUUUGAUGAACGAAGUACCGAACAGCGGAAUUCGAGGUUCUCUUUCUGGCGAUCACAUUCCAUACAUACUUGGAUAUCCACUGAAUACUGGCAAAAAUGCUCUAUACUACGGUUUCAAUCCUGAAGAUCGGGAGAUUUCUCGAGUUAUGAUGCACUAUGUCUCCAAUUUUGUCAAAUCUGGUGAUCCUUCUAAACCUAUCCCUCUUUCCACUGAAACAAAAGUUGCGGAACGCUUCUAUAGUACAGCAUGGCCACAAUUUAAUCAAGCAACAAGAGAAGCAUAUUUGGAAAUCACUAAUCGUCCCCUCGUUAAAAACUACUAUCGAAAUGCGCAGGUUGGAUUUUGGUAUGGUUUCAUUCCGCAACUACAUUCAACUGGCAAGAAUGAUCUUCUAAUACCAGAGGAGCACAAUUUUCUACCGAAUCAUUUCAAAAAAGAAACUUUUUUUGGUGUUGUAAGACCUUAUGCUAGUUAUGCCAAUGAUCCGUUUCCACCACCUCCACCACCUCCAACACCAAUUCCGGAAAGUUUACAGAAAUUAACGACUUUACUGGCUGCACAAAAUAGUACUAUAUUAUCUGUGACGGUCGCUGUAGGGUGUGGACUUCUUUUUCUCAAUAUAUGUAUUGGCUAUGGGCUUUAUAGGCAGGCUAUGAUGAAUUUUUUUUUUUCCCAGGAGCCGUUGCUAUCAUCUAAUAAAGCAUUGAUUGGAUCUUUACGACCUGGAAUCAGUCCAACUUGCCCAAAACAUGGCCGAGCUGCUAUAGCAAUUGCACGCGGCCGGGUGAAUUCAGUUGGAAGUAUCGGAAUGCCAAACGUCGGGCUUACUUUAGAAGAAAUUCAAGUAUAG